UCUGAGGUUUUAAGAGCUUUUCUAUCUCAUCAUUCUCUGGUCUCUCUCUCUCUCUCAGGGUUUUUUUCUUUGGAUUCUUGAGUGAAGGAGGAUGAGGAAGCUGAAGUAUCACGAGAAGAAGCUUCUGAAGAAGGUGAAUUUCCUGGAAUGGAAGACAGAAGGCGGUCAUCGGGAAGCCCUUGUCAUGCGCCGUUACCAUGUUGUCGCCAGAGACGAUUACAAGAAAUAUUCAAGUAUAUGUCGGAUGGUGCAAAAGCUCGUAAACGUUUUGAAGCAAAUCGAUCCAAGAGACCCUUACAGGAUUGAAAUGACUGAUUCACUGUUAGAAAAGCUGUACAGUAUUGGUGUCAUUGCAACAAGAAAGAGCUUGGCUUUGUGUGAGCGCUUAUCGGUUUCGUCAUUCUGCAGGCGUAGGUUAUCAACGAUUCUGGUGAAGUUGAAGUUUGCAGAGCACUUGAGAGAAGCCGUUACAUACAUUGAGCAGGGCCACAUCCGAGUGGGCCCAGAAACAGUUACAGAUCCUGCGUUCCUUGUGACGAGGAACAUGGAGGAUUUCAUCACGUGGGUAGAUUCAUCGAAGAUAAAGAGGAAGGUGUUGGAGUACAAUGAGAGAUUGGAUGACUAUGAUGCAAUGAACUGAGUGCUUGUUCUUUUCCUCCCAAAAUGAAAUAGAAAAAAGAAAAAAGAAAAAGGAACUGAUGGUAGUUGGGAGAUGAUUUUUGAAUAUUUCUUUGUUAUUUAAACAGUGGAACCCCUUGCUGUAGCUAUGGAAUGCCAGUUUGUGUGUCUCUGUCACAGUGACACAUUACAGCAAUUGGAGCAAUUGAGCCAUGAAUUGGAUCCACCAUUGGAGUAGCAUUUCAAACACAGCCUGUUGACGGUGAAGAUCCCACUAGUUGUAUUGUAUGUAUUAUGCCAAGCAUUUUUUUGAAUGUAGAGGCUUUCCAGAGAUGGAAAGUUGAUUCACUGGUAUGACAGAGGAUGAAGGCUAGGCAAUUGGAUGGAUGUCGUGAUCCUGCUCUGUUUGGGCCAUCAGAAUCCGAUGAAUUUUCUGGAGCCUUGGCCAAGUUUUGAGCCAUUCUACUUGCAUUGCUCCAUUUUAUUCUAAAUUUUCAGCUUCUGAUAAACUUUGGCAUAUCUGAUGUCGGAGAUGUACCAAAUGCAAAAAACAUUACUCUUUAUGUCAUUCUGGUUACAUUCAGUUGAUUAGUGCUGCACGCCUCACCUUGGUAAAUUGCCUUGAAAAAAACCACAGGUGCACAUUUCACCUUGUUCACUGUAAUAUUUGGUUCUUGGUCCAAAUCUAUCUAGAUUAAGAUUUGAGU